AUGAUUAUCCCAGUUCGUUGUUUCUCUUGCGGUAAAGUGGUCGGUGACAAGUGGGAAACCUACUUGUCCUACUUGCAAGACGAGAACUUGACCGAAGGUGAUGCCCUUGACAAGUUGAAGUUGAAACGCUACUGUUGCAGAAGGAUGGUGUUGACCCACGUCGAUCUUAUUGAGAAGUUCUUGCGUUACAACCCGUUGGAGAAGAAGCAGAUUAACUAAGCGAGCUAGCCGCUGGAGCAAAGCGGCAGAGACGAGCUAGCGAUGCUGAUGGACCCGCAAAGACUGAGGAUUGGCGCGCAUACAUAUAUACGAUCUCGGUCUGUUUGUAC